AUGCCUCAAAGCUUGCAGGAGGGCUGCUACCUGUUGUCCCAUGCAGCAGAAGACUCUUCGCUCCUGAUCUACAAGACCUCGGAUGGGAAAUUGAGCAGAACGGCCUAUAAUUUGCACAAAUCACACUGUGACCUUCCUAGUAUACCUUCCAGUCUCUCCGUGCCCUGGAUUCCCUUAGACCCCAGUCUCCUGUUACCAUACCACGUCCACCAUGGACGAAUACCUUGUACAUUCCCACCUAAGUCUCAGGGUCCUGCAACACAGCUGAAGGCUGGCGGACCAAGAAUGCCUGCACACAGCCGCAGGAAUCCUGUUUCUAUGGAAACCAAAAGCAGUUGCUUGCCUGCUCAGCAAGUUGGAAAUGAAGGAGUGGCUCAAAAUAAAAGAAAACUAACCUAAGGGCUGUGCCACGGAAAACGAAAUUUCAGAAAAUCCAGUUACAACGCUGUCUUAAUUUGAAAAGUUUGAGAAGUGUGCCCAGAAGAUCAGUAGGCACGAAGACCAUUCUUCCUCCAAUAGUCUCAGAAUCUUUAGAAAGUGCCUUGGGGAUUGCUGGCUGUUAGAAGGACUGUGUCAACUGAAGUGGAGAAUUAAGCUCUUCACUUUUGAUACUGGAGUGGAAUCUAGAUAUGGUUAAUAUUAUUGUGGCUGGGAACUAAAGAAAAAAUAUUUUUAUAGUAUAUCUUUUCUAAAAAUUAGAAAUAGGAAAAAGUAUCGGCUUUUUUUUUUAAGUUUUAUUUGCAAUCUAUUGCCACUGUCAGAAAUAAUGAGGAUUAUAAACCCUCAUCCACAUUCAGUUUAGGGCCUGGGCGCUGUGCCUGAGCUUUUGUGCUCAAGACUAGCGCUCUUCCACU